CUUUGAUGGCCACCGUCAAUCUCUCAAUACUGCUAUUCUUAAAAAUCACUUACGCAGUUUUGCUUUUUUAUAUCGACUUUCGAAUCCGUUUAACGCAUUAGCUUUUAAUCUGCGUAAAAAAAACAUUUGUUGUUAGAGGAUAAAUGAAGUUUACAAUGUAGCACUUGCCUCGGUAAAGAGGGGGAAAACUUGGAAUCUUCCGUAUUUUGUUCUAAAUUGGAAGUAGAUCUUUUUAUUUCCUACGUUUAAUUUUGAUUGAUACGAAACGUGUUUUAAAUCAUUUGGCAUUUUUACGUUGAAGACGUUCAGGUAGUGUUGGCGACCACGAUUUCAUUUGUGACUUCGUUAUUAGGUUCUUCUCUGCUUUGUUCUUCGGAAUACAAAGGAGAGUCAUUGACAUCUUGAACAUUGCGAAUGAUGCUCAAUUUUAUCCCGGGCUCGGUUUUCGAUGCUGGGAAGGAGUUUUUUCAGGGGUCGGGGUUUUCGGACUUCAGUCAACAGCUCACCCGUUCCCAUUUUUUAACGCUGGUGUCUUUGCUGCUGGGGGGUGUGGUUUUCUUUGUUAUUGUUUUCCUGAGAAAAAGAGGCCAGCGUGGACCUUUGACCACCUCACCCGGAGACUACAGCACGGGCUUCCCUUUAGACCUGGUCUUGCACAGAAAACCUGUCUCUGGCCUGAACACCAAGAAGAACAGACCUCAUGAGGACCUCGCGAAGAAAAAAAGAAGAGAGAAAGAUAAGGAACCAGCAAAUGGACAGCCACCAGUUUCCCCUGAAAGCAGAGCUUCUGGCAAUGAUGGCACACAGGCACCAACUGCUUUAGACAAGAAGCAGCUGAAGCCUAAGAAGAAGAAGAGAAAGAUUGACAUUGUGGAAGAGAGGCUUACAAAGGAUAUCUUUCCUGGCAAAGAGAAGAGUGAAGAAGAGGAAACAGGUAUUUGGGUGACAAAAAUCAGCAGUCGAGAGAAGAGACAGCUCAGGAGGGAGCGGAUGAAACAGAAGGAGACUGUGAGCAGGAGCUCUCCGCACCCCCCUGUGGACGAAGGAUCCAGCCUCUGGAGUGAAAGAGCUGACAAGGAGACUGGUUGGCGAGCUCCUCUUCAGGGGGAAAGCCCUGCAGGAUGGGGAGUUCCCGAGGCCAAACUGUCAGCUGGCCUAUGGCAGGAGUCUCUGCCACAGGCCGUGCGCAAGGCAAACCGGAGACCAGUUGAAUGGGUGCCACCAGGAAAACUGGAAGAGGAUAUUUUCUCCCAUGUAGGAACUUGGAGUAUGAAGGCCAUGAAAACAAAGCCUGUGACCUUUGGGACUGUUUCUGACUUCCCUUCAGAAUUUGAUAACCCAGAUGGUGCCACGCCACAGGGUAGCCCGUCUCACAGCCCGCGCCAAGCUCACAUGUCCUCUCUGGGGGUGGACGCAGCUUGGCUAGGACUAGAAGAUCCUUUUGAUGCUGACCAGACUUCAGACUGGAAUGCCCCCACUGAAGAGUGGGGCAACUGGUGUGGAGAGACCCCUCCACUGGUGGAGCCAGAGAUACAGCCUAUCAUGAACAGACAGCAGGGCCAGGGACCGGGGAGGAGAGGGAUGGAGGAAGGAAGCGCAUCGGCACAGGGGCCCCAGCGGCCUGCAGAUGGUACGGAGGUGAAGAGCCCGAGUGGCACGCCAUCAGCUGACGACCCUGAUACGAAGAAGGACAGGAAGAAGAAGAAGAAAAUGAGGAAAGAAACCUGACGGUUCAGUCCUUGCCAGCUGAGGGGAGCAAACCCAGAGUAUGCGAUCGCUACAUUAGCUGCAAAGGCUCUGCUUUAGGAGGUGCUGAGCACAGCCCUGUCCCAUGUGCAGAUUGCCAGAGAGAGAGACUGGAGUGAGAGCGAGUGAGGUGAUCAGGCUGACGAUCUCAGGUGCACAGAUAAAACUAGCUCUAAAGCUCCAUUCAUCUGGUGGGAGGUGGGUUUUAUUUUCUAACCAUCAGGUUCGAUUAGAGCUGUCCUACUCUGCUAUGUCCGGUACUGUGCUGUGCUGCGGUUUACAUCCUGUGUGCCACAAGCCUGAACUGUGUGUGUGAAAGUUAAAGCUGGACUGGAGACCGGUAACCAAUGACAAUUGGAUUGGUCCUCAGAUUGGGUGCUUCUGAAUGUGGAUGGGUGUGUGAAGUGACAUGUGGGAUCUUAAAUUUGAUCAUAAUCUCGCAUUUUUUACAUGUUCUUGCAAUACCCCAUACUGAUUUAAAUUGUUCUGUUUUGAACUUAUUUUUUCUUCAUACACCGUUUAAAAUGUUGUUAUCAAUAUAACAUAACAGCGCAAACAAAAGGGAAGAGCAUGAAGCUAAAUUAUGUACAUCACACAGGACUUAAUCUUCAUCAUCUGAGAGUUAAAGAGCAGAUCACAGUCUCCGGUAUGUCAGAUAUUACAUGGUGUAAAAUGGUAUUCAAUUUCAAUAAAAAGUUAAAAAUAUAUUUUAAUUUAAGCUAUAUGUACAGUAUAUUCAGUUUUUAAGUGAAGUUCUAUCAUUGGUAACAUUAAUUAGAGAAUAAAGUUUGUAUUUGUAGGUAAGUUUUAUUUAAAAAGUGCUUAUUUCCUGAACUAUUUAAUUUGAUUUACAUACAUUUAUUUAAAAUAAUGAUAUCAUUAUAAAUUAAGGCAAAUGUAGGGGUAAAAAGUACCUGACUACCUCCCAAAACCCAGUUCUAGUAAUGAACAUUUUUGUAUUGGAUACACUUUUAAAAUAAAUUUCUGCUGUAAGAAAUCAAUAUGUAACCUCUAAGUACAGGGUUCAACAGCCCCAUGUUGAGACUGGGGAUGUCCAGACAGCAAUGGUUCAGAUAGCAAUGGCUGCUCUUGCGUUGCAUUCAGUAGUGAUACAUACCGCGUACCGCAGGGCCUAAGGUUGUUCCUUAAUCAUUGUGUAGACUUCACUGAAUCAUUCCUGGAACUGCGGUGGAGAAAACCAAUAUUAUGCCUACUGGCAUGUCUCAGAUAUCUUAGGCUAACGGAGGACUGAAGAGUGCAUCGAUUUCAUGCUGGUUAUGACCAAUUUGGGUAUUAACGGUUAAAUAAUAUCUAGAUUUACACAACCCCAAAAAGCAUAAUUUAGACAUUGAAAGCAAUGCAUCACAAGCUCAGAAACUUGAAUAUGUUCUCUCUUGGUGCUCUUAGUUUGUGCUUGGUUUCAGAAUAUAAUCUCUUGUAAAUCAAAUCAAAUCCAUUUUGAGCAGCGCAUGACGAUGGCAGGCCACUGACAGGUCAGAGGGAUUUCAGAAUAGUUCAUUUUCACAGAUGUUUAAAACAGUCAGAUAAUCACCUCAAACAAGAGCAGAACCUGGUAAGAAAAACUUCUUAAUGGCGAGAUGAGCUCCACUGUCUUUUUUUCAUUUUGUUCUGCAUCAUAGGCUAUACAGUAUGUUGAAAAGUAUCAACCCACAUUGGGCAUUUUCAUUUUAAAAUAAGGAUGAGAGAUGUAAAGUAAUUCUUGGAUGUGAAUCAAGAUUUCUGAUUAUAAUGUGGGAGAUUAAAUCCUGAUUGUGUUCUUCUUUUCUGAUCCAAUGAAAUAGUCACUUUUUAUGUAAAGUCAUCUUGAAUGGUGACUACACACAUAAUGGACUUUGAGACUCUGAUGUUUGAAGUUAAUCUCUGCUUAAAAUAUAAUGCCUAUGUACGUAAAGGAGCCUGCUAGCACACUGCUGGGGGACCUAAUUGCUGAAACGAUUCAGUAAAGAUAUGCACCAUCAAAAUCCACAGCAAAGCCUGAUUGUUUCUGACUGUCAGUGGACUAUUUUCUGACUAUUGACAUUUUUUUUUGAAAAAGAAAUGGCACUUGUGUAUUGAUGGUGAAUGUGAAGGCUGGUUGCUGGAUCUUGCAAUUAAGGAGCUUUUGACAGCUACCCCCCAUCCUACAACAUAUCUUUUUUUCAGUGAUAUCUAAAUGUAAAAGAGGGGAUGUUUUUAAAUCGCCAAUUGAUACACCACUUCUGUCUGUCUUCUACAGUAUAAUUUCAAGCCUGUUCAUGAACUGAGGCUUCAAUAAGAUACAGUGGCCCUCCCUGGUGUUUGAAACUUUUUUCAUAUAUUUUCCAUAAAUAUUACCUGGUGUAUUGUCUGCAAAUACAGACGGUAGAACUUCAGAUUUCUUUCUGCAGGUAAUGCCAAAUAGUUGAACAAAACAAUGCCGGUGGUUACAUCAGAGGUCAGCAAUCAAAUUACAAUGUCAUACAUUACUAUAUCUGCAUAAGUGAUUUCAAAGUCCUAUCAUAAAUAAAUUACAUUUUUCACAUUUUAUCCCAUUUUACUACAGGGAAGGAGGUGUCUUCUCUGCACUUGAAUUGUCAGUAAUCACUAGUCGGAUAUUUUACCUGGGGUGACUAAAUUAGAUAAUUUUGUAAUUUGAAAAGAACCCAUUUGUAAAUAUAAAUUCUGCAUAGGUGAGUUAACCACAAAACGAUGCAACCAUUUUCAGUUUGUAAAAAAAAAUACUUCAGUCUCUGUAACAAACUCUUUAAAUUGGUGUAAAAACAUAUGUGAGCAAACUGCUAUUAACAUAUUUAUUAAUGUUAUUUAAAUAUGUAUUAAUUGAAUACAGUACUGGAUCUGUAGCUGUUGUGUAAGAGUUCAGUUGUUCUGCAUGUGUUGUUGGACUUAAAUGUUUCUUAAAAGUGUGCCUUUACUUACUGUACAAUUUGCAAGUGAUCAACACCAUAAUGACAGGGUUGCAUUUCAAUAACUGCCUUUUAAAUAAGGCAGCCUUUCUUAAUGUUCCCCUCCUGAAAGCUUGUGUGUCCAUUUUCCUUUUCAAUAGCCUGGCUUUUAUAUAAAAAGCAAAAAACAAUUACAGAAAUCUGAAAA